CUAAAAGCUGGGAUUGUUAGCCACCAUCGAAGAAUAUAGUUUCUCAUAGCAGCAGAGAAGUUCUAUACACCAACCUCAGUACAACCUGAAAUGUCCAGAUAAACGAGCUUGUGGCAGCCCUUCCCUGUGGCAAGACUGCCUUGCAAGGAAAAACGUGUUUAAAUCAGUCCAAAGUCAAAAACACUUAAGGCUACCUUGGCUCUCAAAUUUCAUUGGAUUCCUCUGUCCUAUCAAGUCAUCACUUGGUUACAGGGACCAUCUGGAUGUCAGGAUGCAAGUGGUUAGGAUUAUUAUGUUACUCCUUCUUUGUAGAGCAGCUGAGUUCAUGAAAAGAAGAAAUGGCAGCCAAAGAAACAGAAUGAAGAACUGUGGUGAAAAUUGCCUCAGAGACAGAUCCAGUCACGUCAAAAGAUAUGCUCAGUUCCUCAGAACCAAAUGUAGUGCAAGUCUGUAUGUGAAUGAGAAACUUUUAACUUGUCAAGAUCAGCAGCUCAUUACAGUUCCUCGUAAUUUGCCAGUGGAUGUUGUCCAUUUACAAUUAGCAGGAAAUAAAAUUGAAAUUUUAAAAAACUUUACAUUUUUGACAUUAAAAAAGUUGAAGAGCCUUGACUUGCAACGGAAUGCCAUAACAAGUAUUGAAGCAGAUGCUUUUGAUGGCUUGGAUGAACUAGAAACACUAUUGCUGCAGCACAAUGAAUUACAAUUUAUUGUAGAGGACAUCUUUAUUCCUAUCCCUAAACUAGAAUACCUGCGUAUCUAUGGCAACCCCUGGAAUUGCAGCUGUGAACUAGAACAAAUAGUUAGGAAGUUACAGAUACCUGGCCAACGAAAUUUAGGCACCUUGGCCAAGUGUAAAAGUCCAAAAGAAUUAGCUGGUUAUAAACUGAAGACUGUCAAUGUGAGCUUGCUCUGUUCUAAAGAUCAGCUUCCUGCACCAGUACUUACUCCUCCUGAUUCCACAGAAUGCAACAUUUACAUUUUUCCAAAGUCAAGAAUAGACUGUCAAAAUAAAGAUUUGGAAAAUGUUCCCAAAAACAUACCUGAUGAAGUACUGGAAAUUGAUCUUUCAAGAAACAAAAUCAAGCGAUUGGAUGCCAGGAAUUUCAUGAAAUUUAAAGAAUUAGAACUAUUAAAUCUCAGCAGCAAUGCAAUAGAUCACAUAAAUCCUGCUGCCUUUGUUGGUCUUCUCCGUCUGAAGGAACUGGAUCUAUCUGGAAAUCUUUUAUAUAACUUUGAAUAUGGAGUCUUGGAGCACCUCUAUUUUAUCGAGAGGAUAGUUCUUACCCAAAACAGGUGGAGGUGUGAUUAUGAGAUCCACUACUUGGCUUAUUGGCUGCAAGUUCACUACACUGUGGAGUUUGAAGGCCUUGAAUGUACAGAGCCCAGUGAAUACAAGGGCUGGACUGUGCAGCGUUACAUUAAAAAAUAUUAUGAGGGUUGCCCCAAAGAAAAGUCAGUAGCAGAUUUUGAUCCUUAUGAUUCUGAUAAGUUAGAAGAGGAAGAAACCAGAAAGAUACCUUGAUAUGUUGAAGUUUUAAAUAUUUCAUGCUUGUCCUUUAAAUAUGAGAUAGAAUAUGUAUAUAACCAAAUUUCAUACAGGCAUUAGAUAUGUCAAAAUCACAUUGUUCUAGUCUGUAUAGGUUAGUAUAAAGGGUUCAUAUUACACACAUUCCACCUCAUUCAUGGAAUUUCAAUAAGCUUUUCCUGAUACAGCAUUAGUACUGAGAAAGUUGAUACUUAUAUAUCUUAUUGUAUGGCUGCAUUUCUCAUGAAACUUUGUAAGGUAUCAUAUUCUUUGUUGCAAUUUAGAAAGCUGCAUGUUUGUAGCAUAAUAAAGAAUACACCAGCUAAAGAUAUUAUACUUUCUAGUCAAUAAGCACCUUUCAAUGCCUUAUUAUUUUGUGCUGUUAUGAUAUUGUACCAUGCAUUGAAAAGUUUUACAAGUUGUUUUUAUGUAUCUAUGUAAAGAAACAAACAGAAAAUCCCAUUUAAUUUCUGUAUUGUUAUUCAUGAAUUCAGAUUUCAUAGCCAGACUUUUUAUACAGGCAGUCCCCAGGUUAUGAACGAGAUCCGUUCCUAAGCCUGUCUUUAAGUCAGAUUUGUACGUAAGUCAGAACAGGUACAUCCAGUCUUAUUUAGCGUCAGUUAGUCAAAUGUUUGUCUUAGUAUAUAGUAUAUAUUUUUCCUUUCUAUGCAUAUAAAACACUUAAGAAACACUUCCAAAUACACUAAAACAUCUUAAACAUAAUAAUAUAGUACAUAAUAAUAAUAAUACAGUAAUAAUAAAAGUAACUACGUACAGUUUCAUUGAUGUCUUGCAUACCGGAAGGGGCAUUGGUGAGGUAACGUUAUGAUGGACCUGGUGCUAGAGUCAGGGAUUGAUUCUGCUGCUGGAGAGGUGGGGUUUAAUACUGGAGUCAAUUUCUUGAAGUAGGUAUCAAGGGAGGCUUGUACAGAGCUUCUCUUUUUCUCGUCAUAAAUGGCUUUAUAGCAGCUGAGGUCCUUGGUAUCUGCACGGUAAACUUCGGUGAACCUCUCUGUAUUAGGAUCUCUAACUUUGCCAUCUCUACUUCAAUGAGACAAAAGGCUUCAGCUAACUCUUUCGUCACAAACUUUUUCAGUUCAGGAGUUCCUAGGUCCUUCAAAUGCAAUCAUCUGCUGCUCUAGUUCCAUAAGGUCUUCAUUAAAAUGGUGGACAGCGUUCUCCUUCCUCGAGCCAAUGAACCACUAAAGCCGUGCAAUGUUUUCAUGAGUGUCACAAUGUAGUGCGUGCAUUCGUUAUUAUGAACCAUUGUAUUUAACUCAAAUUUUCAAUAUAAUAGGCUUAAUGGCAGUCUGUCCAUAAGUACGUCCAUAAGUCAGACGUUUGAAACUCGGGGACUGCCUGUAUAUUUGUUUUUCUCUUUGCCCCAGCUUUUACCUGAUUAUCUUAAUUUUUCUCACAGUACAAUGGUGGCAGUCAUGGCAGUGACCGUACUCCUGAUAUUGGAAAAUGUAACCAAAAAUCUGUAAAGCUGUAGAAUGUUUCCUUUGCCAACGGACAUGAAACUCCCAGUGGGUUCUGGUUAAUUGGGACACAUCGAGACCUGUACAUUUUGGCCCAAUUAAACAGUUGCCCCAAUGAGCUGAAGUUUCGUUGAAAGAGUUAAAAAGGUAUUUUUAAAAAACUACCAUUUAACUGAGUAACAAAUUAUGUAUUUAAACAUAAUACUGUAAGAAAAAAAUAGAACACUAGCAAUACUACAACAGCACUUUAAAACUGUGUAUUAAUUCCUAAAAUUCACUGACAGUGGACUUAACCAUUAUAAGCUGCUGAGAACAAAAUCAGUGCAAACACCUAGUGUAAGUAAAUUAUCCAUUGCUUUCUCUGAACCCGGUAGUGUUGUGUGUUUGUAGCCAAGGGAAUGGUUCAGCACAUUACAAUUAAAAAGGGCUGUUUCAUCAGCCUUGUAGAUAUCAACUGAACAAAAUCUUUGAGGCAAGUCAGGGAGUUUUGUAGACUUGUUUCUGCACUUACAGCAUCAGCACUAUCUUUCUUCCUGAAUUUAAUGUGGUGCCAACAUUUCCAUUGAUACAACUAUCUGUUGCUUUAAAAUCUUUAUGACCAACAUUUGGCUAGCUCCUCUGACUCGUCUUUAUAAUAUUGGCAUACGUGCACACACACAGACACACAUACAUGCCUCCUGCAGUUACAAUGGAAAACCAUUGAUUGAAUCCUCCUCAACAUCUGGAUUUUUACUUUCAUGCUUUCAUUUUUGGGAUGUUCCCUGUUGUCCUUCACACAAUGAUCAUUCUUCACACAAUUUAUCUUACAGGUGUAUCAAGCAUGCAGCUCUAGAUUUUGGCUCUCCACUUAUCUCGGCCAGCCGGUGAUUCCCAUCCCUAUUCUCACAUGUCAGUCAUUGGCCUCCUCUUGUGCCAAGAUGAGGCCACCCUCAGGGUGGAGGAGCAACACCUUAUAUUCCAGCUGGGUAGCUUCCAACAAGAUGACAUGAUAACAACACACACAAAACGCUGGUGGAACACAGCAGGCCAGGCAGCAUCUAUAAGAAGAAGCACUGUCGACUUUUUGGGCCGAGACUCUUCAUCAGAUGGCAUGAUUAUUGAUUUCUCCUUCCAAAAAAAAAUUUCCCCUCCCACCAUCCUCUAUUCCCCACUCUGACCUUUUGCCUCUUCUCAUCUUCGUAUCAAUUCCCCUUGGAUCCCGUCCUUCAUCUCUUUUUCUUAUAGUUUACUCUCCUCUCCUAUCAGAUUCCUUCUUCUCUUGCCCAUGACCUUUCCCAGCCACCCAGCUUCACCUAUUACCUUCCACUUCACUUCUUUCCCCUUCCCCCCACCUUUGUAUUUUGGCAUCUUCCCCCUUCCUUGUCAAUCUUGAUGAAGGGACUCGGCUCAAAAACAUCAAAUGUUUAUUCAUUUCCACAGGUGCUGCCUGUUCCUUCAGUAUUUUGUAUGUGUCACUUGGAUUUCCUGCACCUGAAUAGUGACAAUGAGUAGUGUUAGGCAGAUGGAUUUUAAUUUGGUCCAGUAGGGUAAUUUUUUUUGGUUAGUGUCAAAUCUUUUUGUGACAUCUUGGUAAGGAUCUGAAGUUUUUAAAGUCAAAAUAGAAAACAAAAUUAUCAAAAAUCACUGCUUUUUUUAAUCAGCAUCCAUUAGUCCAAACAGAUAACAUAAUACAAGCACAUGCAACAGAUGCUAUUUAAAAACUGUUCAUUUUAAACAGUGCUGUGUCUAAUGGCCACACAAAUGGAUGCGACUGAUGCUAGUUGGAAACUGUUUGGCAACAGUCUCCUGUUCCAAAUAAAUUAAAGGAAUCCCAGCUAUUUUCUCAAUUAGUUUUUGUUCUUUAAGAGUUGUCCCAAGUAAGUGACUCCCCAAUUAACAGAUGGCCCAAUGAACCACUAUAUUUUAACUCAAAUGCUACAUUGCAUUGAGUAUUAGUUUGGAGUAAAAUGAUGAAAGUAGCAAUUACAGAAAAGUGUCAAAAGAACAAAGUAAAAUUCAAAAGAUGGAAUAAUAGUUUUGAUCUUACAUAACUUGUAAAGAUCAUAUUCAAAGAAUUUUGAAAGGACAUAACUAUUAGUAAAAGGGGCUCAUCUCUGCCUUCAAAAAGAGCAAAUGUGAAUCAGCAGUAAAUGUUGACCUUGCCAGCAAUAGACUCGUCUUAUAAAUAGCUGUUAAAAAAAUAAUCAAUGGCAGCAUUCAAGAGUUAAAAGCUAGCCUUGCAAUUAAAAAUCUUACUGUGAGAUUAAAAUGUAUUGUAUCUUGGUGUCCUUAAUUGAAUGUAAGAUCCUGUAUUUUGACA